AUGCACUUGCCUGUUUGCGCCCAGGCUGGAGGAGUCCUCGCCUGUGGGCUUGAUCAUCCUGCUCACCUCGAGCCACGGCCUCAAUCGCCUCCGCCUGCCCAGCUUACAUGGCUCUGCCUUGUCGCCGUAUUGCAUGGGCACAGGCACUUGCACAUUGCUGAGCAAUCACCUCGCUGCUAUGUUGGCUCAUGUCAGCAGACGCCCCCGGAUCAGUUGGGGCUGACUCGGCCUGGAUCUCUCAUGGGCAAGGCGAAUCGCCUUCAGAGGGGCAAGCAGCACAAGGGCCGUCGCACAAGGGAGACCCCUCGCCCGGAGGAGAGUGUGGCCGCUGCCAAAGCAGGCCCUGGCCCAGCUCCCAGCGGCUCGAGCUCCUCGGGGACGACCUUCAAGGUCUUGGUGCUCGCGCCACGGCGCUUCAUCCGCCUCUUCGAGGCUCAACCGCCGUAUUUGGCUGGAACUCCGGGCGUUAUCCUGCCAGAUGACAUUCCUGGCACUCCGCUGAGCACAACCACGGCCCCGCUCGCUGGCCAGACCACAUGCAAGGUCAUGCUUAUCCCGGUGACGCCGCGCUCCUGGACAAUCUCAGAGAAGAAUGUGGGAGGCGUAGGGAUCACCUGCGGGGAGGUGCAGAUGUGCACAGCAAGGCCGCUCCUGGCCAAUGUGAUGAUGCGAGCGGCCGAAGAUGGAAGUCUUGCCAAGGCCCUCAGCCGAGUCCGGUGGCCUGAGUCCGAAGACGCACCACUAGGGCACACGGAUUCUGAGAGCGACACUGUGGAGGCGCUGGAACCCGGAGAUGGUCUGCCACCCCCGUCGCAGGAGAACAUACUGCGUGCGGACCCAGCAGCCUCCACUCUCCUGUCGCACACCUUCCAAGGAAUCUCCCCUCCGGAGACCAUGCUGGAGAGUGUCCCAGAGAUGGUGAAGCUCCCGGUGGCCUCACAGGAUCCGCCCAGCACGUGCCAGCCUCUGCCUACGAGGCGAUGGCGACGGCGUCAGCUCUCUCAACUUGAGGCGGAGGCGGAAGCACAUGCCAAGGCAGAGGCUGACCCUCAGACGGUUACCUCAAAGGGCCUCCCGAGUCGAUCCCCUUUUUCUCCGAUCACCCGGACAGACACCAAACGGGUGCGGCCUGAGAAGCGCAGCUCUACAUCCAGUUCUAAUGAUGACAGCUCCUCUGGUCGAUCGGGGCGGAGCCAAGGCCACGAGCCCCGCCGUUUCACAGACACGGGCAUGACUCAGCCUGGCACUCCGACCAGCCCGGCAUAUAUGUGCGCUUCCUCUGCAUCUCCUGCGAGAAUCUUCAUGCGCCUUGCAGUAGUGAUGUUCUCACUGCCCAGGUCCUUGGGUGCUGCUCAUGGACAGUGGUCUUUUUGCGAGGCCCUCAGUCUGCCGCGCUACCUUCACUUACCAGUAGCCUGCCACACACAUCAGUGGAGCCCCCAGCAGGCCAUGCUUCUGCCACCCAGCCGUUUUAGCCCUCAGCCACACGCUGGUGCCUCCUUCUCUGGGCCAUGGCACCUGUUCGCAAGCGGCCAGCCGGUCGACUUCAAAGCCUGCAACCAGAGCUACCUCUACGACUCCGGCGAAGCGCCCUGCACGCUCAACCAACAAGUCCGCGCCUCCGACUCGGACCAGAUCGAUCGAGAAAUGGCGGCUCGAGGCCUUCCACCGCCCCCAGUUCCACCUCUCUGUGAGAACGAUGAGCCGCGUGGUCCGCCGCCUCCACGACCAGUCCGGUAUGAUGAUGGUCCUGGCUCGCUCAGUGAAUCAGAGGGUCCGUGCAUCACGGAUAGCAGCUCGCUGCUCUCCCUUGUGGCCGCUGCAAACGGCGUGGGCUAUCAGGAUGUAGCCCCCAGCGAUGCACAUGCCACAGGCAUCAAGCGUGCAUACAACCGGGCAGUCAGACGAGCACAAGCGAGCCCCUUGCAGGGAACCUUCUAUCGUGGCCGAUGGUGCUCCUUUCGAGCACCUGUCCUCUCGCCGCAGCCUCGGAUGGACCGUCGUCCCCAGCUGCAUGCUGCCGCCCCUGCCUCUGCCGCCAGGCUUCUGCAUGUCUCUUACAAUGCGGGUGGGCUGACGGGUGAAUCCUACCAGGAGUUGAUGCAGUGGCUAGCCCAGCUGCCUCCAGAGCAGUGCCCAAUGAUAGUGCACAUCCAGGAAACGCAUUGGUCGCACGAUCAGGAAUACAGCACACCAGGCUGGCACAUCAUAUCGUCGGCCUGCUCCUCCCCUAAGGCAGGGGGUCUCCUCACCCUAGUCAGCGCUCAGCUCUGUUCGGCAAAUCAGAUCUCAUCCUCCUCUCGCGUCGCAGGCAGGCUGCUCCACGUACGCAUCGAUCUGGGAGACCGCACGGUGGAUGCAAUUAACACCUACCAGAAGGUUUAUCAUUCUGGCAGCACGAGAAUCGAGAAAGGUCAGACUCAAACCGCGGCCGAUCAGCGCAUGGGCGUCUGGACAUCUCUUCGUGGUCUCCUUAAAGAGAUUCCAAUCCGUCACCAUUUAAUUUUGUCUGGUGACUUCAACUCGCCUGCCCCGCUCAUCUCCGAACUGGUGGGAAGCAAGGCCAGGGCAUUUCGCACACCGAUGGUCCCAGACCUGGCUGCCUUGGAGGCACUGCUCGUAGAUUUUCAGCUGCUUCAUCUUAACAGUUGGACUCGCAGAGCCGGCCCCACCUUUCUUUCCCCUCAGCAACCAUCUCAGAUCGAUCAUGUCUUUGUGCGCAAGGCCACCGCCGAUAUGCCUGCCCGCGGCGGCAGCCCCUGCAACUGGCCUCUGGCGACUUGGAGACAAGGGGGACGCCAUCGACCGGUGCAGGUCUCACUUCCCAUUCGACCCUACCGCGCCCUGGGCAAGAAUCAACCCAAACGUGCCCUCCUUGAUCUCCAAGGCCUACGCAACGCCUGUCGCGACCCGAGUCAUCCAGGAAUUCGGCACCUUCGUGCCUCCGUCGAGGCCCUGCUCUCCGAUUCCCCCGAGGCUACUGUCGAAGAGGUUAACUCUCACGUUCUUCAACAAGCGACGGCGGUGUUCCCAGCUGUCCGUAACCAGGGACGCGUCGUCCCCUGGCAAUCCCCCACUGUUGAACUCAGUGUUAAAGGUAUGUGGCAAGCCUACCACUGCUGGCAGCAUGGACCGACGACAGGACGUCGAAACGUCUUUGCUCUCUGGCGUGCCUACUCCGCCUUUCGCCGCGCACAUAAGCAGUUCCGUCAGAGGACUCGCGAAGCUAAACGGGCCUGGUUUCAUGAUCAAAUUCUUGGUAUGGAGCGAGCAUCUGCUGCCGGGGACGUUAGAGCGCUCUUUCGUCUGGCUGGCGCCCUCCUGCCCAAGCAACCACGUCGCAAACUCCAGCUCCGAGGUCCCAACGGUGAGCUUUGGUCCCCUACGCAACAGGUGGACUGCCUCAAAACCUUCUUUCAGGAUCUGUAUGCGCCGGAGGACGAACCGGCACUACCACCUCUACCGCCACUUCAAGCUCCCACCAUUUCCUCCUCUGAGGCCCACCAUCGACUUACACGGCUCCCGGUACACAAAGCCACCCCAGCGCAUCAGGCACCCACGGCGGCGAUUGUUGCCUGUGCUGAUCUUCUUGCGCCCUGGCUCAGUGACAAGGUCGGGUCUCUCUCCUCCUUCCCGGCUGUAUGGUCAGACUGCUGGCUGGCCUUAAUGCCCAAGGUCAGUCAUCCAGUACUCCCACACUGA